CAUUUCGGAGUGUCCCGGCGUCUGCCCGCCCUUUCGCCGCGUCGCCGGUACUUGCGCCGCCCGCUCUUCCUCGCCUGUCCUCUCCCGGCCGAACCCGGGGGACCAGAGCGAGACGCGGGGACCAUGUUCCGACGCAAGCUGACGGCCCUCGACUACCACAACCCGGCUGGCUUCAAUUGCAAAGAUGAAACAGAAUUUAGAAACUUUAUUGUUUGGCUUGAAGACCAGAAAAUCAGACACUACAAGAUUGAAGACAGAGGUAAUUUAAGAAACAUCCACAGCAGUGACUGGCCCAAGUUCUUUGAAAAGUAUCUCAAAGAUGUUAACUGUCCUUUCAAGAUUCAAGAGCGACAAGAAGCAAUUGACUGGCUUCUUGGUUUAGCUGUUAGACUUGAAUAUGGAGAUAAUGCUGAAAAAUACAAGGACUUGGUACCUGAUAAUACAAAAAAUGCUGACAAUGCAGCUAAAAAUGCAGAGCCAUUGAUCAACUUGGAUGUAAAUAAUCCUGAUUUUAAGGCUGGUGUAAUGGCUUUGGCUAACCUUCUUCAGAUUCAGCGUCAUGAUGAUUACCUGGUAAUGCUUAAGGCAAUUCGCAUUUUGGUCCAGGAGCGCCUGACCCAGGAUGCAGUUGCUAAAGCAAAUCAAAUGAAAGAGGGCUUGCCUGUUGCUUUAGACAAACAUAUUCUUGGUUUUGACACAGGAGAUGCAGUUCUUAAUGAAGCUGCUCAAAUUCUGCGAUUGCUGCAUAUAGAAGAGCUCAGAGAGCUACAGACAAAAAUUAAUGAAGCCAUAGUAGCUGUUCAGGCAAUUAUUGCUGAUCCAAAGACAGACCACAGACUGGGGAAAGUUGGAAGAUGAACAUUUUAGGAUUUCAGCUUCUCACCUACUUAGUACAGUUGGGAACCAUUUACGCUCUGGCAUGUGUUUGGAAAUCAAAUGUCACAUUUUCAAGGAAGAGUCCUAGAAAAUUGUUCUCGAGAUUUACCAUCGCUUUUUCUUUAAUAAAGUUCAGGAAAGUGGAUUUUUUUUUGACUGUUAUGUUUAUGUAUCUAUAAUGCCGACCCCCAGCUUUGUUACAGAGACAAUACAGGUAUUCAAAUCAUAGGAAAACAAAAUAUUUUAUUGGAGUAAUCUAGAAAAUUUGAGAAUUG